AUGUGUGUAAUAUAUAUAUAUAUAUAUAUAUAUAUAUAUAUACACUUUUCUUUACUCUUUUUCUUUACUCUUUUUCUUUACUCUUUUUCUUUACUCUUUUUCUUUACUCUUUUUCUUUUCUCUUUUUCUUUACUCUUUUUCUUUACUCUUUUUCUUUACUCUUUUUCUUUACUCUUUUUUUUUUACUCUUUUCUUUUCUUUUUCUUUUUACUCUUUUUCUCUUUUCUUUACUCUUUUUCUUUACUCUUUUCUUUUUUUCUUUUUCUUUUUUUUCUCUUUUUCUUUACUCUUUUUCUUUACUCUUUUUCUUUACUCUUUUUCUUUACUCUUUUUCUUUACUCUUUUUCUUUACUCUUUUUCUUUACUCUUUUUCUUUACUCUUUUUCUUUACUCUUUUUCUUUACUCUUUUUCUUUACUCUUUUCUUUCUCUCUUUUCUUUUACCCUCACCAUUUUCUUUCUUUUUUUUCUUUCUUUUUCUUUACUUUUUCUUUUUUGCUUUGUUUUUUCUACCCUCACCAUUCUUUUCUUUUCCCUCUCCUUCUUUUACUUCUGUGGAAGAGACAAAACUUGUGAAAAAUCUCUCGUACUUCUACACUUAUUCACUCCGCUCUCUAACUCUCGCUCUCCUAACUCUCGCUCUCCCUCCUCCCUCCUUCCCUCCGUCUCUGUCCUCUGUCCUCCCUCCCCUCCCUCCCCUCCCUCCCUCUCCUCCUCCCUCCCUCGCGUCUCUGUCCUCCUCCCUCCCUCCCUCUCGCCUCCCUCCCUCCCUCCCUCCCUCCCCCUCCCGUCCUCUCUGUCCUCCCUCCCUCCUCCUCCCUCCCUCCCUCCCUCCCUCCCUCGUCUCUGUCCGCUCUCCCUCCCUCCCUCCCUCCCUCCGCGUCUCUGUCCCUCGCUCUCCCUCCCUCCCCUCCCUCCCUCCCUCUCCCUCCCUCCCCCCCUCCGUCUCCCCUCCCUCUCCCCUCCCCUCCCCUCCUCUGUCCUCUGUCCCUCCCUCCCUCCCUCCCGUCUCUGUCCUCUCUCUCCCUCCCUCUCCUCCCCUCCCUCCCUCCCUCCCCGUCUCUGUCCUCGCUCUCCCCUCCCUCCCUCCCUCCCUCGCGUCUCUGUCCUCUCCUCUCCCCUCCCUCCCCCCCUCUGUCCUCUCUCCCUCCCUCCCUCCCCUCGCGUCUCUGUCCUCCCUCCCUCCCCUCGCGUCUCUGUCCUCCUCUCUCCCUCCCCUCGCUCUCCCUCGCUCUCCCUCCCCUCGCGUCUCUGUCCCUCGCUCUCCCUCCCUCGCAUCUCUGUCCUCGCUCUCCCUCCCUCGCGUCUCUGUCCCCUCGCUCCUCUGUCUCCCUCCCUCCCCUCGCGUCUCUGUCCCCGCUCUCCCUCCCUCCCCGCUCUCUGUCCCUCCCUCCCCCCCCCUCGUCUCUGUCCUCGCUCUCCCUCCCUCCCUCCCUCCCUCAGCGUCUCUGUCCCUUGCUCUCACUCUCUAUCAGUCUCUUGUUUCUCUGUCCCUGCUUGA